AUGGACGACAAGACAAAGAUUGUUCAGUUGACUGCGCUUGCUGCCACUUCAUCUUCUGCCGCUGCCGAGACGUGCGAGUGUGGAUUGACGGUGGCCCAAGGCGGAUGCGCCCCGGCAUCGUCAUCUUCUGCGUCGCUCUACAACUCGCAGCUGCUGGGCACCGUCAAGAAGUACGAGAAGCACUUCAUCAUUUGCUCGGGCACGGAGCCCGACGAGUGGGGUGCCAAGAUCGACAAGGACGAGGGCUCCUUCGCACAGCUGGCCAAGCAGGCCAUCACCGCGAGGAAGGCCGAGCUCACGUUCAAGUUCAAGCUCACGAACUCGGACGAGAGGAGCAAGGGGUCCGAAGGCACCGACCUGAUCGUGUUCCCAGAGCGGAUUCGCUACCUUGGCGUCACGGCUGAGACCAUGCCGUUCAUCGUUGAAGAUCACCUGGUGAAUGGCCACGUUAGCGAGCGAGUCAAGCACGAGCCCUUCGAAAGCGAGCUGGUGCUCGUAUGCUGUCACAACAACAGGGACACUCGCUGCGGCGCUGAGGGUCCCAUCAUCGUGUCUGCCUUCGACCGGCUGUUGGCCGCGCGAGGCCUCGGAGAAGACAAGGUCAUGGUCCGCAGCAGCUCGCACCUGGGCGGCCACAAAUACGCCGGCGUUGUUGUGGUGUAUCCUCGUGGCGACUGGUUUGGCUUCAUCACGGAGCAGCAGGUGGAAAAGCUUCUGGACAACUACAUCGAGCACGGCAGCAUGGUCCCCGAGCACUGGCGCGGGCGAAUGGGCAUCGACAAGCAAGAGGCCAAGGACCUCGCCGACAGCGUCACAUUGGCUGUUGAAACCAGUUCGUAA